CCGUCGCCCGCGCGCGCGCAUUUCCGCGCCCCCGCCGCCGCCGCCGCCGCCGCUGCUGCUCCUACAUGUUCUGCUGCGCGAUCUCAGCUUUGCAAGCGUCGCUGCACAACUUUCCAUGAUGUGAUCGGCCCGGAUAACCUCCCUGGUUGUUUCCGUCUCUGUGUGUGUCAGACAUCGAAGGGGCUCCGCGGUUUGCACCAUGGACGCUAAAGAGGGCAGUUUCUCGGAGCGCUAUGAGCCGGUGGCCGAGAUCGGGGAAGGGGCGUACGGCAAGGUUUACAAGGCCAGGGACAGGAACAACGAAGGUCGCUUCGUCGCACUUAAAAAAGUGCGAGUCCAGACCGGUGAAGAGGGGAUGCCCCUCUCCACCAUCCGGGAGGUGGCCGUGCUGCGGCAACUUGAGUCCUUCGAGCAUCCCAACGUGGUCAGGUUGUUUGAUGUUUGCACCGUGUCUCGAACAGACAGAGAGACAAAAUUGACUCUUGUGUUUGAACAUAUCGAUCAAGAUUUGACUACCUAUUUGGAGAAAGCCCCAGAUCCAGGAGUGCCUCCGGAAACAAUAAAGGAUAUGAUGUUUCAGCUGCUCCGAGGAUUAGACUUCCUUCAUUCACACCGUGUGGUUCAUCGAGACUUGAAGCCUCAGAAUAUACUUGUAACCAGCAGUGGCCAAAUCAAGCUAGCUGAUUUUGGUUUGGCUCGCAUCUAUAGUUUCCAGAUGGCACUUACCUCUGUGGUUGUUACUUUGUGGUAUCGGGCACCGGAAGUUCUGCUGCAGUCUAGUUAUGCAACACCAGUUGACCUAUGGAGUGUUGGCUGUAUAUUUGCAGAAAUGUUUCGUCGACGUGUCCUCUUUCGUGGUAAUUCAGAUGUUGAUCAAUUAGGAAAAAUCUUUGAUGUACUUGGUCUCCCAAGUGAGGAUGACUGGCCAAUAGAUGUGGCCCUGCCAAAAAAUGCAUUUUCUACAAGAUCACCACAACCCAUACAGGACUUGGUACCAGAGAUAAAUGAACCAGGGAAAGACCUGCUGCUGAGAUUACUAACUUUUAAUCCGGAGAAGAGAAUAUCUGCUUUUAAUGCACUGUCCCACCAGUAUUUUAUGGACCAUGAGAAAUACACUGAGAAUCAGAACUUGUGCCUAUCUCCAAACCAGUCUUCUUCUGGAGUGAACACGGCUUAACAUCUUCAAGUGUAAUUUUUUUGUCCUUGAAAGGAUUACUUGACAAAUCAAAUAUCUUGCAUACAGCAAUAUCUCCUCCAUAUGCUGCUUUUAAAAUGUGUCUCCAAUUUGUGCUUUCUUGAUUUCAUGCCCAAUAUUCUGAAACAAUGCAAAAACAUUUCUCAGUGUAUUUUGCAGUUUCCACCACCAUCCCUCACAUCUCCACCUUCAUCUCUGGAACAUUCUGGACUUAAUUAGCUGCUUAAUUAGCUGUGAAUGCUGCAAAUUUUGUUACCUGAAUGUGGAAUGCUGCAAAGGUGCCGUGGAACACCGAAUACAAUCACUGCCAGACCUGCCAGGUUUUUAUAUGUCCAGCUGCUAAGGCCAGAAUUCAAACAUUAAAACAUUAAAAUAAAAAAGGUAUUAAAUAUCCUAACUGACGAAUGUUCUUUGAACAAGUGAAAUGGAUUACUUCAGCCAUUGUCCAUGAUACUGUGAAUACAAUGGAUUAUCUUCAAUACCAACAACUUUGACAAGAAGUUUGAAAAUCCAUUGAAGAGCUCACUUUGUGGCAGUAUUGGAAAUAAACCAUUUUGGAGAGAAAAAAAAGAUUAAAGAAAAAUCAGAAGAAGUCCUUCACAUUUUGUUCAUGAAAAAGAAUACUAUCAAAAAUCAGGGUUAAGCUUCUGCUACUAUAGAUUUGUUGCUUGUGGUCAAUGAUAUUUUUAUAUUUAUGUCAACAGAAGAGAAAUCUUUGCUAGGGAGAAUUUGAAUUACAUAUUCCUGGAAUUAUCAAGCAUCCUAAUAUGGUCAACCUCUUAACACACAUCAAAAAAAUAUAUUUACAAAGUGCGAAACGUGAUGAAUAGAAGAUGCUUUGCAAAACUUACAGCAACAUUCUUCCUAUCCAGUGUGUGCAGAAUGUUAGGAGGUCAUGCCUGUUCUAUUUAGAUAUACCACCAAUUGCUAAAUUUGAAACCAGGUGAUCAUAUUUAGAAGCUGGUUUGAGGUGAUUCAAUCUAUUUGCUUAACAGUUGAAUAAAAUCCAUUGCAAUCUUGAACAGGCUUGAUAUCUGAUACCUUCAGAGAAAAGCACAAAAGUUGAGGAAUAUAACAUUUGGUUUUAAAAAAUGUGUAUUUUUGUGGCCAGUUUACACUUUGGAAAUUGUCUAAAGCUCUAAGGAUAAAGUUUUUGUUCAUGGAAAACUGGGUGUGCAUCUUCCAAAGUGAAGCUGCAGUUUUACAUUGGAAAUAUUAAGCAGCUUCACUGCUGAAACAUACUGUAGGUGUGAGGCAACACUGAUUAAAUUGAUGGAGUCCAAUGCUUCUUAACUUUCUUACCGUCAAAUUCUAUAGUGACGCAGUAGAGUGAAAAAUUAUCUAUUUCAAAAUGACUCUGGCAGUCUUAUGGAUUUGCAAUAUUAUAUUUUUGAUACAAAACUGGUGAGAACUUAAAGUAGAUUGAAAAAUGAAAAUGCUCUAAAUACUCAGCAGACCAAACAUCAUCUGUGGAAACUGAAACGUAGUGUGAUGACACACAGAAUUAAAUAUAAUCAACUUGAAAGAUUAACUUGGUUUCUCGCUCCACAUGCUGCCUUAUCUUCAGUGUACUUCCAGCAUUGUUCAUAUUAUUUCAGAUUUCCAGUAAUUGGUUUUCAGUCCAGAGUAUUAUUAGUCUCUAAUUGUGACUAAUAAUUGUAUUUUCCUUGAAAGCAGACUUUACUAAAUUAUCAUUGAUGGAAGGCUUCACUCAUGAAGGAACUGGGUGUAAGUGAAAAAAAUGCAUGUUAAAUAAGUAGUAUUUGGUAUCAUUGAAACUUUGCAGUUUACAAAAACUGAACAAUAGUGAAAUUGGCUCAGAUUUUGUGGUCAUCAGUGAAAAUAACGUUUUCCAGGAAGAUCUAGCCAUCUGUAUGGCAUGGAUUUCAAACUGUCCAGCAUUAGUUGCUAUGAAGGGAUUCAGGGGAUCUCUAACAUCCAGCAACACAGAUGUCAUCAACCUGGCUAAGCAACUACUCACAUAGAAGAAUUCUCAAAAAUGGCAAACCAGGAGUUGAAAAGCACUAAUCUUUUAACUAACUCUUUAAACAUUUUACAAAGAGUAAUAUUUAAAUAGAAACUUAAAUAUCACAAAUUAUUUUUUUAGAAACAAAAUAACGUUUUUAUUUUAAAAGACAAUAAAUAACUGAGGGAAUGACAAUCCACACAAAUUGCCAUUAUGGUCCACAAAAGAUGAUAGGCAGCCUUUAUGGCGUAGUACACAUUUAACAAUAUCACUGCUCCUCGAGCAACAGAGCUUAACGCUUUCAGUUUUUUUUGGGUGAUAAAAGAUAUCUGAAAUCUUCACUGAUUUACUGAUUCCUAUCAAUUAUUGUGGAGGAGGUUGCAAAAAGACAGAAAGGGAUACAAAUUCUGAAUUCCACUAUAACUGUACAUGUACUUACUCCAGACAUUUCAGGAAUAUUCCCUCCAUUAUAACAGUGAACAAUGAUACCACAUUGUUGUUUUUUCAUUGCAAAUACAAGGUAUAUGACUUUAAUGAUUUAUUAUGAAUUUAAAAAGGUUUUAACAGUAAAGCAACUGAAUAUUACAAGGGAUUUAUAUAUAAACAUGUUGUAUUAUUAGUUAUGGUGCUUUAUAGUGAAUAAUUGUAAUAUUGACUGGAAUAUGUAUUAGGAUGGAGUUCAGUAUGGAUUAGAUACAUCUCUGACUUCACCAAGUAAUGUCUAAAUAUAUGUUCAUGUCCAUACAAAUGAACAUCAUUCACCACUUCACAAAGUAAAUAUUGUUAAAAAAACACAAAAUGAACAGCAACAUUUGUAACCUAUUUUUUACUAAUAUUAAAUUGAGGUUAUAAACUUUCUGACAAAGUUUGUAAAAACAUAACUAUGUAAUGCAAUUCCACAGCAACUAAUCUGCCAAUGGUGCACUUAGGUAAUAUAUUUUUAUCCUUCAAGACAAACCACAGGCUCUGUUCAGGUUUGUGAAGUUUGGUUUCCGUUUGAAUUAAAGUAAAUCUUAACAAAAGCAUCACAGUUCUAUCAUAACUAUUAUACUAUCCCCAGAAGCAGUGGGAAUAUCAAAGUAUUUUCAGCAAAAGAAUAAGGUAAAUACAGUAAUAGUAAAAUUACAAGAAAUGCAGAGGUCAAAAUCCAUCAUUUGUUUAAGAAACAGUGGUUGUGCAAUAAAAAAACACAUCAAUGAAUAGUUCCAUGCUUUUAAAGCUCUUCUGAUAUACAUGUACUAUGAGAUAACAAAGUAAUCUAAUAUAGCAAAAUGCAAGUGGAAACUAAUGUUUCUAAUGCUUGUUAGGAUGUUGAACGUUUCUGCUGAGUGCAGUUCCACACACACCUUGACUGUGGUUUUCCUUUUACCUGCAUCCCACACAUCACCACUUUAAGAACCACUUUUGGAUGAAAAUCAGCAAUCUCCUUAAUGACAAUUCCAUAAUCUAGGCUGUUUCUUUUUUCAGAGGAGCAAUAAAAAAACAGCGCAAUGCUCAUAACAAUUACAGUACUGUGUAAAAGAGCUUUAUUUUUUCUGCCUUAAAUUCACAUUAUGCUGCCAACUUUCGGGGGAAAAUCACAGAUCAAAGAUGUUUCCAAAUAAAAAUCAUUUGUAUAUUUCUA